GGCAGUACCUCACCGAUGGCAAUUAUUUCCGAUGAAGACAAAAGAAAAACACGAAAAACAAUUUUUUCUGCGGAUUGAAAAUAUUUCAUUAUCUACUGCCUUGUGCUUCACAAACUAUCUCUUUAUAUACUCGAGGAAUAUUUGCUCUUAAUAAAUAAGGCUUCGUACAUACAUUAAUACAAGAGCAGAGGUGUGUAGGUAUUUGCGUCGACGAGAGUACUAUUGAAAAAAAAAAAAUUGAAAAACACCAAUCAUGAAUUUGGUGGAAAGAAAUCCCUACGGGAAUGGCUUAUUAUAUAUUGGUUUUAAUCAGGAUCAAGGACCUUACACAGGUUGUUUCGUUUGUGCCACAGACACGGGCUUCCGUGUUUACAACUGCGAUCCAUUAAAGGAAAAAGAACGUCAAUAUUUUCCAGAAGGUGGUCUAUCUCACGUAGAAAUGUUGUUUCGUUGUAACUAUUUGGCGCUUGUUGGCGGCGGCAUAAGGCCACUGUAUCCAUCAAAUAAAGUAAUCGUUUGGGAUGAUUUAAAUAAAUCGCCAGCUAUAUCUAUAGAUUUUAAUCAACCUGUUAAAGCUGUACGUUUGCGUCGUGAUCGAAUUGUUGUAGUAUUAGAGGGUGUAAUUAAGGUAUUUACAUUCAUGCAACAACCAGAGCAGUUGCAUGUGUUUGAGACUAGUGCAAAUCCACGUGGAUUAUGUGUUUUGAGCCCACAUAGCAACAAAAGUCUCUUAGCCUUUCCAGCUCGUCGUACUGGUCACGUGCAGAUUGUAGAUUUGGCAAAUACCGAACGCGCCCCAGUGGAAAUUGUAGCGCAUGAAGCGUCCAUUAGUUGCUUGGCAUUAAACUUACAAGGCACACGCUUAGCCACGGCAAGCGAAAAGGGGACAUUAAUACGUGUUUUCGAUACAGAAAAUGGUAAAAAAUUAUGCGAACUGAGACGUGGUAGUAAUCAGGCACAUAUAUAUUGUAUUAAUUUUAACCAUCAAUCGACAAUGCUCGUAGUGUCUUCGGAUCAUGGUACUAUACAUGUAUUCAAUUUGGAAGAUAAUAAACCAAAAGAAUCGGCAUUUCCUAUGAUACCAAAAUAUUUUUCCAGCCAAUGGAGUUUUGUUAAAUUCUCAAUACCACAAGGUCCGGCAUGUAUUUGCUCAUUCGGAUCCGAUCCGAACUCUGUAAUAGCUAUAUGCGCCGAUGGUCACUAUUACAAGUUUUUAUUCAAUAAUAAAGGCGAAUGCAGUCGUGAUAUUUGUACACAAUUCCUGGAGCUAAUAGAUGAUGAGAAAUAAGUGCGUUAAUAGAAAGAAAGCUUAUCUAACAUUUAUUUAAACAAACUUUUAUUGAUUAAUUAAUGAAAAGUGUUUAAAAGAUUUUAAUUUGUAGAAAAGUUUAUGCAAUAUAUUUGCAAAUUAGUAUUUAAUAAUGCUGACUGGUUAAAGUAUAUGUAUUGGAAAGGCAUCUGCUGUGGUUGAAUAGAUGAAAUGUUUUUAUUCUUUUUUCAAAUGUGAGAUAUACGGUUAAAGCCUCGACAAAAAAAUUAUACUAAAAUUUGAUUAUAGUGUAAAAACAUGUUUAUUUUGUUAAACAAUAAAUUCUAUAUUUACAUCCAUAAACAUACACAUACAAGUGCACAUAUGCAUCUCCAUAUGUAUCGGUCAAACACAUUUAUUGGCUUUUAAAUAUACAUAUAUACAUACUUACAUGUAUAGAAGAAUACUUAUUUUCUUUUUUCUAUUAUAUAAUUAUUAUUUUUAUAUUUGAAUUACCGCUGUUACAUUCUAAAAACUCUGUAACGCAUGCACUGAAAGCAUACUUAGUUAAAUAGAAAUAAAUAUACAGAAAUUCCAUAUGAUGUAGACCAAAAA